AUGAGCACAUUAGAAGUCGACCAUUGGCGUAAAUUUCUGUUCAGUGAGUCUAGCACGGCUUUUUGGGCCGGAGGUGUAGCAGGGGCAGUGUCACGAACGGUGGUUUCACCUUUUGAAAGAGUCAAGAUCUUACUGCAGGUGCAGAGUUCCACUCAGGCAUACAAUCAGGGCAUUUUCGGUGCAGUCAAACAGAUCCAUAAAGAAGAAGGUAUACCCGGGCUACUGCGUGGAAAUGGCCUCAAUUGCGUUCGGAUCUUUCCCUACAGUGCAGUGCAGUUUGUGGUGUACGAAUUCUGCAAGCGUCAAUGGUUCAAAUUCAGAGAGCCGCAAGACGGUCCUCUACAGCUAUACGGAUGGCAAAGGUUGACCAGCGGCGCGGCGUGUGGCUUCUGCAGCGUGCUGGCAACAUACCCACUGGAUUUGGUACGCACUCGUCUGUCAAUCCAGACUGCCAACUUGGCGAAGAUAAAGCACAGUCAAACGCAACUCAACGCCGGCUCCUCCACGUCUGCGGCGACCGCCAAGACCACGGGUUCUCGACCACCGGGCGUGUGGAAACUUCUGACCACCACUUACAAGCAUGAAGGCGGAGUAGCUGGUCUUUACCGUGGAUUCUGGCCCACCAGCAUUGGAGUGGUGCCAUACGUGAGUUUGAACUUCACCGUGUAUGAGCAGCUCCGCGAAUUGAUCCCUGCCGGUGUCGAUCCAACGUGGGCCACCUUUUAUAAGUUGUCGAUUGGUGCCGUCAGCGGGGGUGUUGCCCAGACCGUAACUUAUCCGUUCGACCUUUUGAGAAGACGUUUCCAAGUUCUAGCUAUGAACCAAAACGCAUUGGGAUAUCGUUACACAGGGAUUUUCGACGCCCUCCGAACAAUAGGACGUACCGAAGGCUUUAAAGGUUACUACAAAGGAUUGACCGCCAAUCUAUUCAAGGUUAUUCCCUCUACAGCGGUCAGUUGGGUUGUCUACGAGGCUAUCCGCGAGAUAAUGACAGAUGUGUAA